AUGCAUUUAAAUAAAAAUGAAGAUAAGAAUACGACAAAUAUGGAUGAAUUGCACGUUGAGUCUUCCUCUAAAGAAGAGGCAAUUCGGGUGUGUACCCGUAUAAGGCCUCUAUUUGAAAAAGAAGUUAACAGCGGUCAUCUAAAGGCUUGGAAAAUGAACGACACUGAUAUGGAGUUGGUGGUUGAGCCACUUUCAUUAUCAGAAAUGUUAAAUGCAAGAAUUCCUAAAAAGGGGAAUAAAUUGGAAGUCAAAAAAACAGUAGAAAAAACAGAAGGCCAAAAGUCUGUUUUGCAACGACACUAUGCUUUUGAUAGAUGUUUUGACGAUCACGUUGGCAACGAAGAAGUGUAUAGACAUUUAGCCAGAGAUAUUAUUUUAGACACGUUUAAAGGGAUAAAUGGAUGUAUUCUUGCAUAUGGUCAAACGGGUUCAGGGAAGACACAUAGUAUCAUGGGUGUUCCUGCUGACCCAGGUAUGUUACCUAGAUCAUUAGCAGAAUUUUUUAAUGGAAUCGAAAACCCAUCAUCAUUAAAUGAAGAAAAUGCUAGCAGUAAUACUGAUGACGAAUCUAAUAAUAACACAAAAGAAUUUCUAAUGAGUGUAACAUAUUUAGAAGUGUAUAUGGAGCGUGUUAAUGAUUUAUUACAAGAGGGGUAUAGGGGUGGUGCAGUUGAAAAUUUGGAUGUAAAGGAGGAUCCUAAAAGAGGUUUUGUAGUUAUCGGUAUUCAAGAAGAGACAGUAACAUCAAUAGACGAAGUUAUGCUUUUAGUGGCAAAAGCUGAGCAAAGACGACAUAUUUCUCAAACAAAUUUCAAUGAAACAUCUUCAAGAUCUCAUACAAUUUUUACAGUUAUAUUAGAAUCAAAUCAAGUAUUGAGCAAUGGCACAUCUAUUAAUAAAAGAGGAGAGUUAAAAAUAGUUGAUCUAGCAGGUAAUGAAAGAGCUGGAAGAGCGGCUGAAGGAAUAGAGAAUGCGAAAACGCUAAUUGAAGAAGGAAAAUCAAUAAAUAAAAGUUUAUUUGUUUUAAGUGAAGUUAUUUCUAAAUUGUCUAAAAGAGCUCAAGCUAUUGCUAUGGGAGAUGAGAAAAAAAUAAAAAAAAUACAAGAGGAUUUAGUUUUCAUUCCAUGGAGGGAUUCUAAAUUAACAAGAAUAUUAAGCAAAAGUUUAGGAGGGAAUUGUCGUGCAUCAGUUAUUGUUGCUGUACACCCAUCUCAUUUUUAUUUGGAUACAUCUUUUUCCACAUUGCGUUUUGCUUUAAAAUGUAAAACGAUUAAAAAAAAAAUCGAAGUAAAUUAUUUAUCUGCAGAACAAUCUGUAAUUAUGCAACAAAAAGAAUUAAUAGCUAAAUUGCAAAACCAAUUAAAACAUUUAUCGACAAGUAAAAAUACAGAUAUAAAUGCACAUGUUGGAGAUAAAGACUAUAUAAGUAAUAAAGAUCCAGAAAACGAUGAAAAGAUAUUGGCCUUAAAAAAUGAAUUAGAAGAAAAGGUAAAAAAGUUUCAAAAUUUUAUUUUAAAAUCAGAAUUCCAUGUAAAUUCAAACAAUUAUAGAAGAUUAAGAUCAAUCGAUGAUGAUAAUAACUACGAAAAAUUAUUAAAAUAUUCUAUGACAAUUUCAACUAAUAUUAAAAAUGAGUAUAAUUGGUUGAGGUCAUUUGAUACACAUGAGUAUGAUUUCAAAUCCGAUGGAAUAGAAAAAUAUGAAAAUCAAAAUGCAAAAGAAAAAUUUAAUAUAUCUAAAGCUAUGGACUAUCUAAAAAAUAAAUCUCCAUAUAAAAUGAACUCUUCGGAAAUUAGUAAUAUUGAUGCAAUAUCAAAUGAAUCACAAAAAGAUGAUUCGAUAUCUUUAAAUUAUUAUGAUGAGUUAGAUGAAUUAGAAAAGUUAGAACUAAAAGAAGUACCAAGGAAAAAAAAGAAAGAUAAAAGCGGUGGCAAUAAUGUAUCAUCAGUUCAUAAAAUAUAUGACGAGCUAAGUAAGUUAAGCACAAUGGAAUAUAAUAAUUAUAUAGAAGAAGAAAGGGAAGAAACAGAGAGGCGAAAAAAGGAAAAAACACACUCAAAAGGUGCACAAGGUAGUAAAAAGAAAAAAGGAAAACACAUCCAAAAUAAUGCUUUAAGUUUCUAUAACAAAGACAAUAUAGAUAGUUCCAAAAUGAAAAGCAGAAAGCAGUCUACGAAUAAUUUAAAAAAAAAGAAGACAUAUAUUGUUAGCAAUGUUAAAAAUAAAAGGGAUUUAUAUGAAAAAUCAAUGGUAUCAACCAAAAAUAAAAUAGAAGAUAUUGGAACUAGAGAAUAUAGUCCUUUAAUAGCUCCAAAGGAUGAAAAUAAUGAUCUAGAUAAUGCCAAAGAUUAUGAUAGUGAUAUAAAUAGGGAACAUACUGAUAAUGAUGAUGACGAAGGUAAUAAAACUGCUGGUAUUAAUGAAGAAGAAGAUGUAAAACAUGCCGACUCAAGAAGUAAUAAAAGUUCAUUUAACCUAAAUGUAUCAAAACAUAGUUCAUCUCUUCAUUUAUGCCCACCUAAAGGACGCAUUAACAAUGAAAAACGAACUUCUAUAAUAUCAAAUUUAAAAAGAAAAAUUGGUGAAGAUUUAAAAAAGAAAAAAAAAAUUAUGGAUCGAAAUGUUGAACUUAAUAAUCAAAUCAAGUUCAUUAUGAAACUUAUGCAAAAAGUUGGAUUGUCUACAAUUCUAACUGGUGUUGUUCCUCCAGGGAGAAAUAUAGAAAACGUUUUAAAAUUGCAAGAAAAUUUAAAAGAUGAUUUAAAAAUACAUGACAAUAAAAAGUCAUUGGAAAUAUUAAAUGAAAAAGUUAUUAAUAAUGGUACCUAUGGGAAUGUAAUGUAUAAUACCCCAUCUUCUCAAAAAAAGAUUAAUGAUAAAAAAAAUGUAGAAGAUGAUGAUGAAGACGAGGAGUCAUUGCUAAAUGGUUAUUUUGAUUUUAACAAUAAUGAUGAAAUAAAAUACAAUGAAAACAUAUCUCAUGUAUUUAUAAACGAAAUGUUUUUUUCAUUUUUACUUCGAAUACAACAAAAACAAGAAAAAGGAAACAAUAAUAAUGGGGAAGAUAAUGAAAAGGGUGAAUCCUUAAACAAUAUGGAGGAACUAUUAAAAAAAGAAGAAAAGCCUUAUGAUGUAUCUAAAAAAGCAUUAGAAGAUAUAUUAGGAAGCACAAUAUCAAAUAAAAUAGCUGAAAAAGAAGAUGACACAUUGGAAUUUUCAAAAAUUAUAAAAGAUGAAAAAAAUAAAAAUACAAUCGACUCGAUUUUAAGCAUGCUUACACCAUGGGAACAAAAAAUAUUAGCAUUAUUAUAUGAACAGAAAAAAAUGAGAGAACAGGUUCAAAAAAUUAAAGAGAAAUUUUCCCAACGAAUUAAAAAUAUUAAUGUAUUUAUUAAAAAAAUAUUAAUUGAUAAGAUUGAAGUUGAAAAACAUUUCAAUCGAAUAGUAAAGGUAACAGAAAAAUACAAAGAAGAUAUGCUUAAAACGUCUGAUGUAGAUUCAAAUUUUAAAUUUGCUGGAUUGAUGAAAAAAUUAGAGGAGCUGUCUAUAUCUCUCUCCGAAAAAACCAGAGAUUUCAAUGUAUUAGCAGAAUUUCAUUUAAACUUAAGAAAAGAAAAUGAAAAAAAGGAUGCCUUAAUUAAAGAAUUACAAGAAGAAAAUAUAUUAUUUUAUCUUGUUCCUAAAUAUAAUGAAUUGCUAAAUGAGUUAAACGGGAACGAGGAAAAUCCAAUCGCAGUAAAAGAAUUGAAAAAAGAGUUUCUAUUAAUGUAUGGACGAUUGAUGAUUACUAAAAAAAAGCUACAAGAAAAAGAAAUUAUAGAAAGUGAUAUAAGAAAUUUAAAUAAGCAUAUAUAUACAGAACUAAUUGAAUCUAUAUCUAUUAUAAAAAAUUUAGAGUCACAAAAUAAAUUUUUAGAAUACAAAUUAAAUUUAGAAAAUAAAAAAAAAGUUGAAAAGGUCAAAAAGUUAUUAAAUGAAAAAGAAAAACUAAAUAAAGUAAUUAGUGAAAUGGAAAGAAUGCUAGAAGAAGCAAAUAUAGAUACUAGUACUAUCAAAAAUGAAAUUCUCUCAAAUUUUAACAAUACAUAUACAUCCAUAAAUAACAUAGACAGUGAAGAAGAUAAGCCUUCAAAAGAAUUAGAUACAAAUAAAAAAGAAAAUAAAGGCAAAAAAAGUAAAAAAAAAAAAAAGAAAAAAUUGGGAAUACAAAAUGAAUCUAAAGAAAAUGAUAGCUAUCAGAAUAUAUUAGAAUACACACCAAAAAGACAAGCCUCAAAAAAUUAUGUUCAUCGUGGUUAUUCUGGAGAAAAAAUUACAAAGAAUGCUACAAAACGAAUAAACACUGGUUUAGACACAAAAAAAGGGAUUGUAAAAAAAAAAAAAUAUGAAGAAAAAAUAAAUCUAAAAAAAAAUAUAGAUAUAGACAACAAUAAUAGUAUUGAUAAUAUACAGCCUCUAAAAGAAUUGAAACCAAGUAAUAGUAUUGGAAAGAAGAGUAAAAGAAAAAUAGUAAAGGAAAAGAAAAAAACCAAAAAAAAACGUCAAAAAGGGGAGAAAACAAAUGCUUACUUUGACGGUGUCAGUAUGUCGAAUGAACUUAAAUCCAGUAAUAGUAUCGUUAUAAAAAAAAAUAAAAAAAAACAAAAUAAAACAGGAAAAGAGAGCAUGCUAAAAUAUGUAAAUAAUGCCGAUCAAACUAUUCCUAAGAAUGCCUUAAAUGAAGCAAACGCAUUUAAUACUUUCAAAAGUAGUAAUUCUAUAACGAAUAUUGAAACUAAUAAAAUGCGUGAUAUACUAAACAAGGAACUAGAAAAAAAAAGAAUCAAAACAAAGUAA